UUUUCUCUUGGUCUUUGCAGCACAGUGCCUGAAAUGGGUUUGUGUCUUCUUUGGGAUUCAUAAAUUGGCCAUAUAGGAGAGUUGUGACUUAAGAUUUGGAAAAUGAACAAAGUAUGCUUAUUAUGAGAUGAACAUGUGCUAAACAGGAUAAUGGAUUAACAAAAAAUGUGAAACGUUGGACAUACUACAAUGACUAUUCCGGAGAUUGUAACUCCUUGAGAGCUGAUUGGAUGAUCACCACAGGGCUUCCAUAGUGGCUCGGCAGAGCACAGCCACUGAUUUCUUUGCUUCACUCAAUUUAAGUUCGCUGUCGGCACCGCUUUCAGUCGUCAAAAUUUCGUUCGCAAACUUUAAAAACUCAUUGGAUGGGGGAAUGAACUUCCUGCGGCGCAGGUUUAGUUCUGGGGAUCUGCAGGGGGAGUUGCGAGAUGAUGAAGAGCUCAACUUUUCACGGCUCAACUUCUCCAAGCGGGGUCCCUCUCCGAGCGCACCAAGCUCCCCGUCAAAGUCUCAGAGUUCUACUGGGCUGUUCUCCUCUGUUAUCACUGCAGUACAGGCCCAGAAACCAGCUUAUAAUAAGGACCGAUGUAAAACACUCCUGGUUGUAGAUGACCAGCACACUAACUGGGGAAAAUACUUCCAGGGCAGAAAGAUAUUUGGAGACUGGGAUGUCAGAGUUGAACAGGCUGAGUUUUCUGAGAUCAACCUGGCCUCAUACUCUGACACGGGAACCAUGGUGGACAUCCAGGUCACCAGGCAGGGAACCAAGGUCGUCAGAUCGUUUAAGCCGGACUUUCUUCUUAUCCGGCAGCAUGUUCGGGACGCAGGGGAGGACUGGCGGAACAUACUGAUUGGUCUACAGUAUGGGGGAAUCCCCAGUAUCAACUCUUUACAAGCCUGCUAUAACUUCCUUGAUAAACCUUGGGUGUUUGCUCAGUUGAUAGAGAUCCAGAACCGUGUGGGCAGGGAGAACUUCCCCCUCAUUCACCAGGCGUACUACCCGAACCAUCGAGAAAUGGUGAGUACCUUCUGGCUCAUUACACCCAAAUUCCCUGUGGUGGUGAAGAUCGGCCACGCCCACAGCGGACAUGGAAAGGUAAAGAUUGAUACGCACCACCAGUUCCAGGACAUUGCCAGCGUGGUCGCCCUCUCAAAGUCAUAUGCAGCCACUGAGCAAUACAUUGAGUCCAAGUAUGACAUCCACAUACAGAAGAUAGGCAACCAUUACAAGGCCUUCUUGAGAAAGUCUAUAUCUGGUAACUGGAAGGCCAAUACUGGCUCGGCCAUGUUGGAGCAGGUCCAGGUUAACGAAAGGUACAAAAUGUGGGUCGAUGAGUGCUGUAAAAUAUUUGGAGGACUUGAUGUCGUUGUUGUUGAGGCCAUACAGGGCAAGGAUGGCAAGGAGUACAUUGUUGGGAUUAAUGACAGUGCGAUGACGUUACUGGGGGAGAGCCAGGAAGAGGACAGGAAACACAUAGCGGAGCUCACCCUCGCCAAGAUGCAGGCAUUCCUUAAACCAGUCAACACCAACAUCAAAUCUUCCAACACCAGUUCUGUGAUUGGCUACACCAUGAAUGGGAAUGGUUCUGGACUGGGAACAGGAAGUAUUGGCCAGACGAUGACUGGCUCCCAGCCCAACAGGCCUCCAUUGCCCGCUGGUGCCCAGCAGAGACCACCCGACCCUCGGGCACAGCAGGGACUGGUACAACAACAGGUGAAUGGCCCUAAUGCUCCGCCUCACGCCCCUCUUCCCCAGGGCCCCACCCAGGGGCUGCCUCAUGCCCCCACCCAGCAACACCCCAUGAGACCUCCACAACAGAGGGGACCAACCCCACAGCAGCAGCAGCAAUUACGUGGCCCCCCUCCACACAACAUGGUUCACCGAGGCCCUCCUCCAAUGCCUGGGGACCCACAACAGCAGCAGCGCCAGCAGCAGCCAGGACAACCACCCAGACAGAUGCCCCGAGGACAGUCGAAGGAAGGGGAGGAGGACACCAUGAAAAACCUCCGUAAAACUUUUGCUGGAAUAUUUGGCGAUAUGUAGCAGUGUGCUGAUUGUGUUAGGACUGUAGAACAUUAUAAUAUUAAUAUAGUUACACUUUGGCCAAAACUGGACCUAGUCCAAAUUUAUACAUCAUUUUGAAGACAGUCCAGUUUGGUUCUAGUUAGUGUUUUAGUGGCAUUACUAUUUCAUUGAAGUAUGAUAGUCGUUAUAGCAUUCAUUAUUCUGCGUCUUUAGUGUGGGCCUAUGUUUACUGUAUAUCUGACUAUAAAUGUUAUUAAUACCAUUGAACGCAGUAGGAAAUGCAUGAUAUAAUACAGAGGAUUUUUGUCAAGCAUGUACCAGUAUAGCUUUUUGAAAAUGUGUAUUACAUUUGUUACUUGCUUAAAUAAUUAUACAUCUGUAUCUUAUAUAUCACUGAUACCAGCUUUAAGUCAUAUUGCACUACAUGGUGCAGUAUGUGAUGUAUUAUAUGCUGUAUGGUCCCAACACGGAAGUGUUAUACUGUGUCGUUCUUUAAAAUGAUAGAUCAACACUUAGAUCAACACUUUGAAAAACAUGUGUUAAUUCAAUAUUCACAAAAAGUUCAUAGCAUUUGAAGUUAAAAACCAGUUUCAAUCAUUUUCAGCUUGCUUAAUAACUAUGUUUGACAAUGGAGCCAUUUUAUUUAUCUCAUCAUUUAUACAUUCCAUUUUACACCAAUAUUAUAGUCGCCAUUUUUUUAUUGAUAAUGUGAUGUGAUUUAUACAUUCCUUGUAUUAAAGUGUAGAUUUUUUUGCUGAUCUUGUUUUGGAUUAUCAUGAUAAUGUCAUAGACUUGAUGUCCUUUGCCACAGAAGAAACUAUGUCAUUGUGUAAAUAAAUUAUAUUGGCCAUAAUAUAAAAAAAAAUGAUCUGUUUAAUAUAUUGCUUUAAAAGCAGUCCAAAUAGAAGCAGAGUUAUGUUUAUUGAUCAGCUUUAAACAACUACCAAUUGUUGGCAGGUAGAUGUGGUUUUCUUGAUAUCAUUUAGUAGGGUAAUUUACUCCCAUUUCAUUAUCAAUGUGUCAUAAGUGUUCAUUUUAACUGUUGUUGUAAUGCAUCAACUCAUGAUACAUGUAGGACAAGUAUACAUGUAGGACCAGUAUACUUGUAGGACCAGUAUACAUGUAGAACCAGUAUACUUGUAGGACCAGUAUACAUGUAGGACCAGUAUAUUUGUAGGACUGGUGUGUAUGUAGGGCUGGUAUACAUGUUAGACAUGUGUACAUGAAGAAACUGUUUACAUGCAGGGGCCAUAUACAUGUAGGACCAGUAUACUUGUAGGACUGGUAUGCAUGUAGGGCUGGUAUACAUGUUAGACCAGUGUACAUGAAGAAACCGUUUACAUGCAGGGCCCAUAUACAUGUAGGACCAGUAUACUUGUAGGACUGGUAUGCAUGUAGGGCAGGUAUACAUGCAGGACCAGUGUACAUGAAGGACCCAUAUACAUGCAGGGCCCAUCUACAUGUAAGACCAGUAUACUUGUAGGACUGGUAUGCAUGUAGGCCAGGUAUACAUGCAGGACCAGUGUACAUGAAGGACCCAUAUACAUGCAGGGCCCAUCUACAUGUAAGACCAGUAUACUAGUAGGACUGGUAUGCAUGUAGGGCCAGCAUACAUGCAGGGCAAGUAUUCAUGAAGGACCAGCAUACAUGUAGGACCAGUAUACAUGUAGGACUGGUAUUUACACUUGGGACUGAUAUCAAAUUGUAGGACUGGUAUACAUGUAGGACUGGUAUAAAUGUAGGACUGGUAUACAUGUAGGACUGGAACACAUUUGAAAGGAACAUGCUGCAAUGUAAAGAAAAAAAUGGUUCAUUUCUUAGAUAUUUUCUAUUUGAAAUAAAUAACUCUCUUUCAUUGUAAUUGUUAACAUAAUAAAAAAAACAAUUUGAACAAAGUAAUCAUAAAUGCUUGUCUAUUUGUAAAGUGAGGGUUUUAUCAAAGAUUUGUUUCAUUGUUGCUGGGCUUUAACCCAGACAUAACUCUCAGUUUAAUCAUUAAAGAGUUGUGCUGUAUUUCAACUUGUAAAUAAUAGAUGAGCAUUGGUAUUUGCUCCACAGGUCUCUUGUUUUAAUUUUAUUUAUAUUAUACAUAUUAUUGUUUAUUUUCAUUAAGUUUGAUUUCUGUGCUGUUAAAGGGACAAGACACCAAAAUUGGUAAAUACCGUUGUUCCUCAAGACAAGGCUAGAAUUGUCAAUACGAGCUUGAAGUAGUAUGAAGAUAAUACCUCAUUUUACAUUGUUUACAGAAUAAACACAACAGCCUUGUUGGCCCCACACACAGUCUCAGCUGAGUCUCCCUGUUAAAAAACAGCUUCUCUGUCGAGCUCCGUGUCUACAUUGUUUCGCAGCAGUUUUUUGCUUCCUUGCAGUGUUCAUCCUUUUGGAAAGCCAUUGAAAUGUGUAUAUUUGGCAUGUGAAAGUUAUGUGAUGAGUGAUGAUAAUGAUAAUAUACUGUCUCUAACCCUUGGAUUAACCGGGUAGACAAACCCAGUAGAUCAUCGAAAAGGAAAAUUUGCAAAAGCUGCGAAAAUAAAUGUGUUGUAAGCAAUGUGUUACAUCAGAAAGUAAGGUUCAAUGUGUUUUUCACGAAGAUAUCAAUUCUAUGUUAGUUCUUGACAAUUUUCUGUUUUUCUUGCAAUUGGAUCACUUGGUGUCUAAUCCCUUUAAUGACACUUGGAUCUGUGAUAUGUUGACAUUUUGACUUUAAAUUAUAUUUCUCAUCCUCGCAACUGUUGUGUAUAUUUUUAUUUUAUUUAAACAAAACAUUUAGUUUUAAUUUAUUUGAUUUAUUUGAGUGAAUAGGCCAUGGUAAUUUUCUUUGUGCAUAUUUAACAUGAGUUAAAAGACUAUUUGUAUUUCAAAGUAUUCCCUGUGGUAUGGUUAGUAAUUUAGAGAUAUAUGGGUCAAGGUUUCGGGGUGCCAGUUACAAGUUAAACCCCUUUAUUGACUAGUAUUCUGGUAAUAAAUAGUGAUAGGGCACUGUGUUUUACGCAAAUGCACUUACAUAUAUGAUAAACUGUUUUGUAUGUUUGUGUAUUACUUAAAUUUGUAUAUGUUACUAGUUACAUUAGUUCAAUUACUAACUAAUGGGGUUUAUUGUUUAAAAAUGUACAUACUGUUACUCUGAAUAAGAAAAUGUGUAGAGAUAUUACCAAAAUAUUUUCAAUUUCACAUUCCGUUGAUUAACAAUGCAUCAUUUCUCUUUAAAAGAAAAAAAAUCGGGGCUUGUCAAAAGACAUUAUGUCGUUAACAUAAGAAGGUCAUGCAACACCAAAUGUUGUAAGUAUACACAUAGAAAGUGUUGACAUCAUGUGUCGUACUGCUGGAAAGAUUGUCACCCUUCCAGAUUCAUUGAUAUGAAAUAUUGAUGUACAUGUACUUAAUGUUUUCGUUUAUCUUAUUACAUAUAUAACUUACAUGUAAAUAAAUGUUAAUGGCUUAUUAUGUGUAGGUUGGAGUUGUGUGCAUAGGUCAACCAUUUACUGUCUAAAAUGUUCGUUUAUACGUAAUGUAUAUCUUAAUAUGGACAAUGACUUGUAAAUUAUUACUUGUUACGUUGUAAAUAGUUUUAUAUUGAAGUGAGCCAACAGUUUAUUCGUGGUAAAUUCAGUUGUUCACCAAAGUGUGUCUGUAUUGCCACACUGUCCAGAGAUAAGAGACACUUCUUUAUCAUUUGGAAUAGCUGCCAAUGACACCAUCUUGUAUGAUCAUGGACACACUGUCCAGAGAUAAGAGACACUUCUUUAUCAUUUGGAAUAGCUGCCAAUGACACCAUGUUGUAUAAUCAUGGCCACACUGUCCAGAGAUAAGAGACACUUCUUUAUCAUUUGGAAUAGCUGCCAAUGACACCAUGUUGUAUGAUCAUGGACACACUGUCCAGAGAUAAAAGACACUUCUUUAUCAUUUGGAAUAGCUGCCAAUGACACCAUGUUGUAUGAUCAUGGACACACUGUCCAGAGAUAAGAGACACUUCUUUAUCAUUUGGAAUAGCUGCCAAUGACACCAUGUUGUAUAAUCAUGGCCACACUGUCCAGAGAUAAGAGACACUUCAUUAUCAUUUGGAAUAGCUGCCAAUGACACCAUGUUGUAUGAUCAUGGACACACUGUCCAGAGAUAAAAGACACUUCUUUAUCAUUUGGAAUAGCUGCCAAUGACACCAUGUUGUAUGAUCAUGGACACACUGUCCAGAGAUAAAAGACACUUCAUUAUCAUUUGGAAUAGCUGCCAAUGACACCAUGUUGUAUGAUCAUGGACACACUGUCCAGAGAUAAAAGACACUUCUUUAUCAUUUGGAAUAGCUGCCAAUGACACCAUGUUGUAUGAUCAUGGACACACUGUCCAGAGAUAAAAGACACUUCUUUAUCAUUUGGAAUAGCUGCCAAUGACACCAUGUUGUAUGAUCAUGGACACACUGUCCAGAGAUAAAAGACACUUCUUUAUCAUUUGGAAUAGCUGCCAAUGACACCAUGUUGUAUAAUCAUGGCC